UUAAAAUACUUCAAUUGAUAUCUAAAUGAUAAGUGUAAAUUAUAAUGUAUAUCCUGAGUAUUUAAAUCUUAAUUUAAUUAUUUGUUAAAAUUGUUCAUAAGAUAAUUUUUGCUAUUAUAGAUUAAAUAAUUUAUUUAAACAGAAAUUCCAUCAUAUUAUGAAUUCGUUAAAAAAAAUAUUUACAAGAAAAACUAAUAAUGUUUUUGGUAUGAUACAUGUUAAGGCACUUCCAGGCACUCCUCUAUUUAAAGGCAAUGUAAAUAAAAUAGUUGAUGAUGCUUGCAGAGAGGCUGAAAUUUACAGUAAAUGUGGAAUAGAUGGUAUUGUUGUAGAAAAUAUGCAUGAUGUCCCUUAUAUACAUGCCCAAUAUGUAGGUCCAGAAAUUGUUUCCAUGAUGACAAGAAUUUGUUCAUCAAUUAGAAAAAUUGUACCACAUAACAUUCCUUGUGGUUUACAAAUAUUAGCUGCAGCUAAUGAAGAAGCAUUAGCUGUUGCACAAACUUCAAAUUUUCAAUUCAUUAGAGCUGAAGGUUUUAUUUUUGGACAUGUUGCGGAUGAAGGUUAUAUAGAUGCUUGUGCUGGAAAAUUAUUAAGAUAUCGUAAAACAAUAGAAGCACAAGACAUUUGUAUUUUUACUGAUAUUAAAAAAAAACAUAGUUCACAUGCAAUUACUCAAGAUGUGAGUCUUAUUGAAACUGCAAAAGCAGCCACUUUUUUUUUAAGCGAUGGAAUUAUUGUGACUGGAAACGCCACUGGACAUCCUGCUGAACCUCAAGAUGUUCUAGAUGUAAAGCAGUCAGUACAAGUUCCAGUGUUGGUAGGAUCUGGAAUAACUGUAUGUAAUGUACACAAGUAUCUCGGUGUUGAUGGAUUCAUAAUUGGUUCACAUUUCAAACAGAGUGGAAAAUGGGAAAAUGAACUUGAUGAAACAUCAAUAAAAAAUUUGAUGAACCGUAUAAAUGAAUUUUAAAAACUACUUUAUUUGAAUUUUUUUAAAUGUUCAAAGAUAUAAUUUAUUAUAAAAUAAACACUUAUGAUUUUUAUAUGUUGUAGUAAUAGUAGUUGAUAUUUAAAAAGCUAUAUCAUUUUUUUUAUUUUGUACAACACAACAUUAACAAGUAAUGAAUCUAAUAUAAAACCAAUGUUAAGGAGUGG